CUACCAAUGGGUGGUGCUUUCUGCACUCACUGUAAUGCAAAUGUGUCCUGUUCUGGCGUGCUGUUGAAGAAAACAGGAGUUUUAAAAUACCUUCAUGAUCGGAAACUUGAUCUCAAAGCCACUUCCUAGUGUGUUUUCUUUGUGUUUGUGUGUGUCUGUGUGCUCUCUGUUGGAAAGAUAGUGGUCUCUGUGCAUCUAUUUGUUUUCUUUUCUUCAUUUACGUGACCUUUCUCACAUAUCCUGUGGGGAAGGAUAGUGCUGAACAGCAAAUCCUGUGAGUCAGAUAAAGAGCUCACUUUGGACCGUUUGUGAGACACACGCCCAGAUAGAGAAAACUCACAGAUGGAGAUCCCACCUCGCCCUGCACUGUUUGACUUCCAUGGAGUCUCUAUGACAAAAUACUUUACUGAAAACUGGGACAAUAUCCAGGAUUUCAAAGCAAGACCAGGAGAUAUUCUAAUAGCAUCCUAUCCUAAAGCAGGAAACACAUGGGUGUCUUACAUCCUGGACCUUCUAUAUUUCAGCCACAUGUCACCUGAUCGACAAGAUUCCGUCCCACUACAUGAAAGAGUGCCAUUUCUGGAGUUUUACAUGCCGGGAUUUCCUUCGGGAGUUGAUGAGUUAAAUAAGUCGACGAUUGUCCCACGCAUUAUAAAGACUCACCUUCCAGUUCAGUUUCUUCCCAAGUCCAUCUGGGAGCAGAACUCUAAGAUCAUCUAUGUGGCUCGCAAUGCUAAGGACAGUGUGGUUUCCUUUUUCCACUUUGAUCGCAUGAACAAGGCCGAGCCGGAGCCUGGCGACUGGAGCAGCUUCCUCCAGAGGUUCAUGGACGGGAAAAUGGUUUUUGGUUCCUGGUAUGAACAUGUGAGAGGCUGGUGGGAGAAGAAAAAGUCCCAUCCAAACAUCUUGUAUCUGUUUUAUGAGGAUCUAAUUGAGGAUACUGAGCAGGGACUUGACAAACUUUGCUCCUUCCUGGGACUGUCUCCCACCUCAGAGCUGAAGAAACAAAUCAUAGAAAAAGUUCUGUUCGACAACAUGAAAAACAACAAGAUGGCUAAUGGUUCGGCUGACGAAGUCCUGGAUUUUAAGAUUUCUCCUUUCAUGCGCAAAGGAAAAGUUGGUGACUGGAAGAAUCAUUUCACUGUGCAACAGAAUGAACAGUUUUCAGAAGACUAUGACAAGAAGAUGAAGAACACUGAUCUACAGUUUCGGACUCUUCUGUAAUUUUUCAUUUGUCUUAAAUCACCAGUAAACAAAUCAACACGA